AUGUUAAGGAUACCUCUAAGAAGGGCCUUAAUAGGCCUUUCUAAGUCUUCCAAAGGAUGUGUUCGAACAACUGCCACGGCAGCAAGCAACUUAAUUGAAGUAUUUGUUGAUGGUCAAUCUGUCAUGGUGGAACCAGGAACUACCGUCCUGCAAGCUUGUGAGAAGGUUGGCAUGCAGAUCCCUCGAUUCUGUUAUCAUGAAAGAUUGUCUGUUGCUGGAAACUGCAGGAUGUGCCUGGUUGAAAUUGAGAAAGCUCCUAAGGUUGUAGCUGCUUGUGCCAUGCCAGUAAUGAAAGGUUGGAAUAUCCUGACAAACUCAGAGAAAUCUAAGAAAGCCAGAGAAGGUGUGAUGGAGUUCUUGUUAGCAAAUCACCCACUGGACUGUCCUAUUUGUGACCAGGGAGGUGAAUGUGAUCUGCAGGACCAGUCCAUGAUGUUCGGAAGUGAUAGGAGCCGAUUUUUAGAGGGGAAACGUGCUGUGGAGGACAAGAACAUUGGGCCAUUGGUAAAGACCAUCAUGACUAGAUGUAUACAGUGUACUCGCUGCAUCAGGUUUGCAAGUGAGAUUGCAGGAGUAGAUGAUUUGGGAACAACAGGCAGAGGGAAUGAUAUGCAAGUUGGCACGUACAUUGAAAAGAUGUUCAUGUCUGAACUGUCUGGAAAUAUCAUCGAUAUCUGUCCUGUAGGUGCCCUGACCUCUAAGCCCUAUGCUUUUACUGCCCGUCCUUGGGAAACAAGAAAGACGGAGUCCAUUGAUGUCAUGGAUGCGGUUGGAAGUAAUAUUGUGGUAAGCACAAGAACAGGAGAGGUGAUGAGGAUUUUGCCAAGGAUGCAUGAGGACAUCAAUGAAGAGUGGAUCUCUGAUAAAACCAGAUUUGCCUAUGAUGGGCUUAAACGACAAAGACUUACCGAGCCGAUGGUCAGAAACGAAAAGGGGCUUUUAACCUAUACCUCCUGGGAGGAUGCACUCUCUCGUGUGGCUGGAAUGUUGCAGAGUUUUCAAGGCAAUGAUGUGGCGGCAAUUGCAGGUGGCUUGGUGGAUGCCGAAGCCCUAGUAGCUCUCAAAGAUUUGCUUAAUAGAGUGGACUCUGACACCUUGUGCACAGAAGAGGUCUUCCCCACUGCAGGAGCUGGCACAGAUUUGCGUUCCAAUUAUCUUCUUAAUACGACAAUUGCUGGUGUGGAAGAGGCAGAUGUUGUCCUUCUGGUUGGUACAAAUCCACGUUUUGAGGCACCACUAUUUAAUGCUAGAAUUCGGAAGAGCUGGCUUCACAAUGACUUAAAAGUGGCCCUUAUUGGCAGCCCAGUGGAUCUCACUUACAGAUAUGACCAUCUGGGAGAUUCUCCCAAAAUUCUUCAAGACAUUGCUUUGGGUAGCCAUCCAUUCAGCCAGGUAUUGCAUGAAGCUAAAAAACCAAUGGUGGUUUUGGGCAGUUCUGCACUCCAAAGAAAUGAUGGGGCAGCAAUUCUUGCAGCUGUUUCCAGCAUUGCUCAAAAGAUUCGGAUGAGUAGUGGUGUUACUGGUGAUUGGAAAGUUAUGAAUAUUCUUCAUAGGAUUGCAAGCCAGGUAGCUGCUUUGGACCUUGGCUAUAAACCUGGGGUGGAAGCAAUUCGUAAGAACCCUCCCAAAGUGCUAUUUCUCCUGGGAGCAGAUGGAGGUUGUAUCACUCGACAGGAUUUGCCAAAGGAUUGUUUCAUUAUUUAUCAAGGACAUCAUGGUGACGUUGGCGCUCCUGUAGCUGAUGUUAUUCUCCCAGGCGCUGCUUACACAGAGAAGUCUGCUACUUAUGUCAAUACUGAGGGCCGAGCUCAGCAGACUAAAGUAGCAGUGACACCUCCCGGCUUGGCAAGAGAAGACUGGAAAAUUCUAAGAGCCCUCUCUGAGAUUGCAGGUAUGACUCUUCCAUAUGAUACUCUGGAUCAAGUAAGGAACAGAUUGGAAGAAGUCUCUCCUAAUCUUGUCCGCUAUGAUGAUGUCGAAGGAGCCAAUUAUUUCCAGCAAGCAAAUGAGCUCUCGAAGCUAGUGAACCAGCAACUUCUUGCUGACCCGCUUGUCCCACCUCAGCUGACAAUAAAAGACUUCUACAUGACAGACUCAAUUAGCAGAGCCUCACAGACAAUGGCCAAAUGUGUCAAAGCUGUCACAGAGGGUGCCCAGGCAGUAGAGGAACCAUCCAUAUGCUGAAACUUCUGCUAGGAACCCCAUUUUGUUACAAAUAAUUAAUGGACAGUUAUGUUGGAGUGAUCUCCUACAGGUGUAUCUCUUUAAAAAAUAAUCUGAAUGUUGUAAUAUUUAAGGUUGUACCUUGGUUAUUUGAAAAUGAUACUGCGAUUAUCAGUGAACUUUGAGGUUUCAAAGACAUUUAUGUAUUGUGUGUAAACGUUGUUAAAUAGCUUAAUAAACAUGUAUACAGAUGCUCUUUCACAUAAAA